AUGAAAAAAAAUAUUACUAGUAAUGAAAUGAGACUGAAAAGUGCUGUAUAAUUCAAAUUUCAGGAAUUCAUGAACUCAAAACCAGCUCCUAGCAUAACUACUAGAUUGCAAACUGGCACAACAACAUCUAGGAAUAUUGAAGAUUUCGCCAAACCAUUAUUUUCAGAACCCAAAUUUCUAGGAGUUUUGAGAAGAGUUAGUUCAUAAGUCAGUCUUGAUAAACCUGUAGAGGAUGUUUAUUAAUCUUAGAACCAGUCUCUUAAGGCUGUUAGUUCAGAAAGAACGUAAAAAGUGUGACUAUUACAAAAGUACAAUGAGGGCCUCAUAAAAAAUUAUAGUAACGUCUGAAAAUAUGCAAACCUAAGAAAUCAAGAGGCGUAUGAAAUUUGAUCCUUCGAUAAGACAGCAAGUCAGCAUACUGAAGAUUAAAAUUUUGAAAAAUGUUCCUUUAAAAAAAUUCCUUCUGUACUUAGUAGGUAAAGAAAAGAUUUUAUUUGAACUCUUAAGAUUAAAACAAAUGCCAUAAGCUAUUGAUAUAAUGUAGAGUAUUAUAGAGAUGGCAAUUGGAACAAAAAGUGUUGUUAUUUUUAUUGAGAUUUUACUGUUCAUUGCAGAGACUCUUGAAAAUUCGAAUCAAAUUGAUUUGGCAAUUCACUUUUAUAACCAAGUAAGAAUUGGAAGUACAUAUGGAAAAUAAACACUUGAUAUUUAUAAAAUGAGAUCACUGGUUGGGUUAGCAAGUUGUUGCAUGGAAUUUCAAUGUUAUGAGUGCGGAGUUAAGUUUUUAAAGAAGUGUUUAUAAUAUGCUUGGAUAAAUAAUAAUUAGGAAUAUGAGAAUAUCGUAUAUUAAAAGUUAGGAAUGCUCUAUUUCUAUUUAGGUAACAUUGAGAAAGUAUAACAAUUUAUAAUUUCUAGGCUACUUUCUAUCAUGAAAGAUCCAUAAACUAUGAUUAUGAAUUGGAAACAUCUCCAUUGAGAUAACUAAGCUGUGAUACUCUUAAGAAUUAUCUGAAUAAGAAUUUUCCAAAAAACUGUGCAGAGAAUAUGAAUACACUCUUUUUAAGUAAACUCAGUCUCAAAUUCCACGUUGAUAUUGCUUAAUUAUCAGAAGAUCUUAUAAAAGGAUCUGAAAUGACUCCUUCACCAAGGAUAUUUCUAUCUUCCCAAGAUUGCUCAAGAAGAAUGUCUAUAUCAACAGAGUCUAGAGAAUUAGCUAACUUGAAAAUAAAUGGACAAAAACUAAUUACCUAAAUUUUAACCUAAUAAGAAUUUGAUUUCGAAGUUUAUACACCUAAGCAUUCAUGUAUAUAUUUAACGUUAUAAUAGUCAGAAAUGAAAGUUCCUGUUUUAAUUUCCUAAAAAACAAAAAAGUACAUCCUUAAGAUGUGUUUCAUGAUUUAAAAUACAACAAUAAUCCAUUUUUAUUGAAUGGCAUAGGUGUUGAACCAAAUAAAAAUGAACUCAAUUUUGCAGAAUAUUUAAGCAAAUAUAAAUUGUCUCUUCAAAAAAAAGUAGAUCUUAGAUUAUAAUAAAAAUUUGAUAUCAACAUUGAUCAAAAAUUGUAAUAUGCUGUAAGUAGCAAUUAUAAGGCUUUUGAAAGGAAAAAUAAAAUACUGGUAUAUAUUUCAUUCUAUGUAAGCUAACUCACAAAAACUCAGAAAACUCAAAAAAAAAUAAAUAGCUAGAUGAAACUAAAAAAUUUAAUAGCAUUACAACAUUAUACUAGUAAUUAAUUAACAAAUUGCUUAGCGUGUAAUGA